UUUUGCGAAAGGCGGGAAUUUCGUUCCAUUCAUUUCCACUGCAAUUUUCUUCAACUUCGUUUAAAGAUUGCAAGCAUUUUAGUUGACAUAUCUAGUUGACUAUCUCGUUUUAGUUGACUAUCUCAUCUUUCAAUGAACUUUUACUCUUCGUUGCCUCGCGCGUGUUCUCCAGUUUAUGUCUACAUAAUCUAACGAAAUCUCAAAUCAGUGAACGUCGUCACGCUAUGAAUCGAAAAAGGACGAGGCUGUCUCUCUCUCAGAGAAAGAAAAUAAAAACCAGCGGAUUGGAAUACACGAAGAGUGAGUUGUGCGCCCCAGAUAAAAACUCUGAAAUUGAAGUUUUUCCUCUAGAUGAAACUCCAGUUACUGAAUCAAAGCAGAACAAUACAGACGCAAACGAUUCUCAAUGCAACAAAAAAGUCAAGUUUUCAAGCAAAACAAAAGAAACAGCAGGAGUUAAUUACAUGGAUCAUAAGAAUGGAAAGCCUGCUAAUAAGAGAAUAGUGACAUGGUUUAAGAAACCAUUCAGUCCAAAAUCUGUUUCUUGUCCAAUGUGCGGAAAACUUGUGAUUCUUUCCAAGAUAAACCAACAUUUAGACAACAACUGUAAACUUCAUUUAGCUCUACUUGUAACUGAAGAUUUUACAACUGAUGAACUUGGUGAGGCACAAAACAGUUCUCCAUGCAGUUCAGGCUACACAAAGACUAAAGCACCAGAGCCAAGUUACCAGAAUGCAGACAGGAGAGAAAAUAUAUCAGAAUGCUUCAAACCUAGUGUCAAAAGUCCAGAAUUAAAGGAUAAAAAUUUAGCUCUUGAGGGUGUUUCUUCUAUCUUAAAGCCUGCAAAUGAAAGAAGUGAAGUAACCCUCAUGAAGAAAAUGUCAAAGAAGUUGGAUGGAAAGAAGCCAAGUGUUGUCAAUCUGGAUGAAGAAAGCUGCAUCGUCAUUGAAUCCAAUGAAUCUAAUUGUAAUGUUGAUCAAGUUGGUGCAUGUCAGGAACCAUGUGAUGCAUUUGCAAAUCUAUCAAGGGAAGAAAAAUGCAUUCAGAGUAAUGAUAACUUAGGAUUGAAAGAAAUGAGUACACAUGAUGCAAAUGAAGUUUUUGAACCUACCAAAAACUUAAUGGAAGAUGGUUCUGAAAACUCCAAGGAUAAAGACAAAGACCAUGAACCUUACUACUUAGCUAAUUUUAAGCUUGUAUUGAACAGUGUCUUGUCAAACAAGGAUGACAGGCAGUUGUUCAAUGAAGCAGACAAUGGUAUAAUUGAUGCUUUCAAUGACAUGUCUUCUGAGGAACAGAAGCUGUAUAUUCGUCUUUUCCAGCGUAAACAUGGAUGGUUUAGGUGCAGCAAACUGGAAUACCCAAGGAUCAGUAGCAAUCUGACACCAAUUUUAAAGUCUCUUGGAAAGAAAGGUUUUGUAGAAGAUGAAAGUCAUCUCACAGAUCUCCAGGAGGCAUUAAAUCUUACAGCGGCUCCAGACUUAAAACUUUUGGUGAAAACUCUUCAUAUUUCAUCAACAUCUGUAAGUCAGAAGGGUGGAACCAAGGAAGACACCAUAGAAAUGAUUGUUAACCAUGCUGAGCACCAAAAAACACUCCUUGGAAGUUUUAAAGCUGUGGUUUUGAAGAGGGCUAAGCAGGCCCUUGGUUGUUGUGUGAGACUGGCAGCUCAUCCCAAAGAUGUGUUCAGCCGCCUUCUUUUGUUGUUUACUAUGAAUGUCAGCCCUGAUGAUGAAGACACCUCAAACAAUGGACAGGCUCAGCAAUUGUCAAUGCUCUACCUUGCUAAUAUUGGCAAAGUUGUCUAUCCAGGAUAUGUGAUUGAUAGACCAACACCAGUUUUCCACUCUNUUACAUUACUGAGUUUUGUAGAAGAUGAAAGUCAUCUCACAGAUCUCCAGGAGGCAUUAAAUCUUACAGCGGCUCCAGACUUAAAACUUUUGGUGAAAACUCUUCAUAUUUCAUCAACAUCUGUAAGUCAGAAGGGUGGAACCAAGGAAGACACCAUAGAAAUGAUUGUUAACCAUGCUGAGCACCAAAAAACACUCCUUGGAAGUUUUAAAGCUGUGGUUUUGAAGAGGGCUAAGCAGGCCCUUGGUUGUUGUGUGAGACUGGCAGCUCAUCCCAAAGAUGUGUUCAGCCGCCUUCUUUUGUUGUUUACUAUGAAUGUCAGCCCUGAUGAUGAAGACACCUCAAACAAUGGACAGGCUCAGCAAUUGUCAAUGCUCUACCUUGCUAAUAUUGGCAAAGUUGUCUAUCCAGGAUAUGUGAUUGAUAGACCAACACCAGUUUUCCACUCUCGUGAAGGCCUCAUCCAAUUUUCUGAAGCAUGUCAGCGGAAGUAUGAGAUGCUAGUAGCACUUGAAGAUAAGAACUUUGAAAAAGCCUAUAGUUACUAUCCAGAAGCUUCAAAGAAAUUUGAUGUUAUUCUGGCCAAGCUGAAAGAUUGUUCAGAAACCCCUGCUGCACUCCUCCCAGAACACUUGCGAUGCUUUACUGCAGAGUGGGCUAUUACAAAGAUGUGUUAUUAUGGAGUGGAGGUGUUACAGAAGUGGCGACAGUAUGAUGAAGCUGUCAAGCAACUUGAAAGUCUGCUUCAACAAAGCAUAUUUUGCUUUGAUUCGCGUGGAAGGUGGUAUGACAGACUUGCACUAAAUCUGCAUCAGCACUUAAAAAAACCCGAAAAGGCUAUGCAGGUCAUCAGGGAAGCACUCUCUGACCAACAUGUGCGAUUUGGGCGUCGUCUUGCCCUGGUGCAGAGAGCCAAGCGCAUCCUCUCUUCACCAGCAUUCACCAAAGGGAAGAAGAAGAAAUGUGAAGAUUAUUUUGACCUGGAGUUAGACGAACCAAAUCCAUCUAAGAGUAUCACUAUAUCUGGCACAAGAUGUGCUGAGCUAGGUGUUUUCAUUGCCCCCGAGAUUGAUCAAGGUGGCCAAGUAAUUGAUGGUACAACAACCUUCUGUGCAGUGGAAGAAUAUGCUCUGUCUUAUUAUCGCCAGAAGGGGUUUGAGCAAGGAAUUCAUGGUGAAGGAUCAACCUUUUCAUCACUUUAUACCUUAUUCACGUGGGACAUCAUAUUUGCAAGUGGAAUUCCAGAUGUUUUUCGAAGUCCAUUCCAAGCUGCUCCUCUGGACUUCUGCUGUGAUGCAUUUUACGAAAGUCGUAAAGAAAUUAUCGACAAGAGGCUGGAGGAAAUCUCCUUAGCAUCAGUUGAGGAACUUCAGGACAUUCUGGCCAAAGCUUGGAACGAUAAGGAAGGGCAGGUUUGUGCAGGACUCAGCUGGGAUCGCUUCACUAGUAUGGAACAAGCACAACAACUCGUAGCCUGCCUGGGUGGUCAGAUAAUGUCUGGGAUCUUCACUCAGUUUGCUCAAGGAUACCGCUAUAGUCGCGCGGGUAUGCCUGAUCUGGUUGUAUGGAAUUCAUCCACUCUGGAUUAUAUGAUUGCUGAAGUGAAGGGUCCAGGAGACAAGCUUUCUACUAAACAACAAAUCUGGCUGGAUGUUUUACAGUCUCUUGGAGCUAAUGUAGAAGUCUGCUAUGUGACUGAUGUUGGCGCUAAGCGCCUUAAAGUGUCAAUAUGAAUGUCCUGCACGAGUCAGCUUAAGAUGGAAAUAAAAACUUAGCUUUAAAAUCUA